AUGCGAUGCGUGGACGUCAUAACAACAAUCAUCAAGGGAAGUCAGCUGCACUGUUUCUCCAGCACCACAGAGGUAGUCCAGCAGUGGCUGGAAUCCUUCCCCAGUACCCACUUCAGCAUAAGUAACAUGGCGAACAGCUUCAACAGUCGACAGAGGGCUGCCCUGAAGUCAGUUCCAAGGAACAAGCUGCUUCUGGACACCGAUGCACCUUACUUACCCCCAGUUGGUAAGAAACUGAAUGCCCCGUCUCUACUUGACUACACAGCUGAGUCGGUGGCCACCAUUCUGGGAGACAUCUCACCGGAAGAAGUUCUUGAACUAACCGAAACAAACGCGAGAGCAUUCUUCCACUGA